CCCCGGCGGUGGUGGCGGCGGUCGCCGUGAUGCCUGCGGGACUGGGUGGCUGACCGCCGGGAUAGGAGCGGGGCCAGUGCCCAAAAUCUCGGUGGCCGCUGCUCGAGCGCGGCCUGCGCCAUGGCCACCUCCGCUGCCUCUUCGGAGCAUUUCGAGAAACUUCACGAGAUCUUCCGCGGCCUCCAUGAAGACCUGCGAGGGGUGCCGGAGCGGCUCCUGGGGACAGCGGGGACAGAAGAGAAGAAAAAACUGAUCAGAGAUUUUGAUGAAAAGCAACAGGAAGCAAAUGAAACGCUGGCAGAGAUGGAAGAGGAACUACGUUAUGCACCUCUGUCUUUCCGUAACCCUAUGAUGUCUAAGCUUCGAACCUACCGGAAGGACCUUGCUAAACUCCAUCGGGAAGUGAGAAGCACACCUUUGACAGCCACACCUGGGGGCCGAGGAGACAUGAAAUAUGGCACAUACACUGUAGAGAAUGAGCAUAUGAAUCGGCUACAGUCUCAAAGGGCAUUGCUUCUGCAAGGCACUGACAGCCUGAACCGGGCCACCCAGAGUAUUGAGCGUUCUCAUCGGAUCGCCACAGAGACUGACCAGAUUGGCUCAGAAAUCAUAGAAGAGUUGGGUGAGCAACGUGAUCAAUUGGAGCGUACUAAGAGUAGGCUGGUAAACACAAGUGAAAACUUGAGCAAAAGUCGAAAGAUUCUCCGUUCAAUGUCCAGAAAAGUGACAACCAACAAGCUGCUACUUUCCAUCGUCAUCUUACUGGAGCUGGCCAUCCUAGGGGGUCUGGUUUAUUACAAAUUCUUUCACAAGCAUUGAACUUCCUAGAGGGAAGGGUUUGCGGACCAGAACUUUGACCCUGUGAAUGAAUGGUGUUAGGGAUGGGGAAUAAGCGGAGUGCUGCUGUAAGGUAAUGGUUCAAGGAUGCACUGUGUAGCUAGACUGGGAGAAGGGAGGGAAGACGGAAAACCACUUUACUGUGAAGGAACAGCAACAAGACCAGUAUGAUAUACCAAGGUAAUAAAUGCUGUUUAUGACUCCUUUAAA